AUGCUUUGUGGUAUGCGAGUUAAGGAAUUCUGGGCUGCUGUCAACGCAGCGCUGCCUCGAGCAUUGAAAGGUUCUCGCUACGAAGAUUGGCUUGCGUCUUUGCGCGAUCAGGUCAGCCAACAAGGAUCACAACACCCCUGUUGGUCGGUCAUGCACUACAUUGAUCAGGGCCCAGAUCUUCUGGGAAGUCCCGCGCCGCCAUUGAAUUUGCUGGCAGGUAACUCGGAAGAAUCUGUGGAGGAUUUGCAAGAUGCUGUGACUUCUAAUGUACAUUACUUGUUAAGAGUCGGCUUUUUGGGAGAGGGUGAGAGAAGAUUGGAGUCAACCGAUUGCUUUGCACGGGGUAAUGCUUUGUCAAAUUUGACUACCUCAUUGAUACGGGCGCAUUAG